CUGUAGUUUUUCUUCGUCCUUCGUCUCAUCAGCCGCGUACAUUCGCGCUUAGCAUUUUCUUGUCAACAUCGUGUGGUAAUCUAUUCCCACUCACCUCCCAGCCAAAAUAAGAUUUUUCUUUCCCCACGAUCAGUUAUUAUUCUUUAUCCAAAGAUCAAACUUAUUAUCCUGCACAUACAGUAACUGAGACCUCAAGUAGCUCAACCAAAGUCUUUUUCUUUAACCCACAAAGCAAGAAUAUGUCCAGUUGAAGAUGGCUUACAUGGACCCUCCAACUUCUCACCGGCAUGGUGCUAUUCCAGCAGCGCCUUACUCUAUGCGUCCUCCUAGUCCUCCUUCUAUCGUGAUACCUGCCCCCACUCUACAUUCUGCGAAUGAGCAUAUCAAAAUCGUGCCAACUUACGAAAAGGUCGAUCCGGCUUCACUUAGUAUCGAUGACCUUAAGAUCAUCACCCAGAACUACAAAGAGCAGCUAGCUCAAGACUCAGCUCUCAAUUGGGCAUAUGAGAACCGCCGUGUCGCACAACCCAUCCUCGACUUCCUCUAUCUCGGCCCCUCGAGCAUCGCUCGAGAUCGCCAGUGGCUACUUAAAACAGGUAUCACAAUGCUACUCGCCGCACGAGAUUCCCAGAUGGCUGUUAUGCACCUAAUGGCACCCAGUAAGGUGGCGCAAGAACUCGGCAUUCAGCUCGAAUGUGUUGAUGUUUCUGGCUAUAAUGAGCUCAUUCGCGCCUUUCCCUCGGCCGUUCGAACCAUCAAUGACCACAUGCUAAAUGUUUUCCGUGGACAACGCAUCAGCAACACGCAGAUGCAAGUUGAGGAUGGAAAAAUGGCAAUUCCCCAUGAGAAAUUCCAAAGAGGAAAAGUCUUAGUUUUCUGCGAAACAGGAAACGAUCGUUCUGCUAGUGUUGUUGUGGCCUACCUCAUGUCUGUUUUUGGUAUGAGUAUGAUUGAAUCUUGCCAAUUUGUCCACUUCAAGCGCUUCUGCGUCAGCUUAAACGACGAUCUUAGGUUCGUUCUCAAAUCGUAUGAGGAUCUACUUUCCGCACAACGUACCGUACACCGACAUGAGCUUGACUGUCGUUCAACGCAGACAAACGGUGCUUCGAGCAAUGUACAGAAACUGAAGAGGGGCAUCGAAGCUACGUUCGACGAAGAUGAGGAGAUGGGCGAAUCUGGCGAGUCCAUAGCACUAGAUCAUGAUCGCUUUUUAGACCGCGAAAGAUUUGUUCCAUUCGUUGACAUGGUGGACGAGGACAUGGAAGAAGAAUCCAGUUAGUAUGGUCUUAGACCAGCCAUAUUACACAAGUUACUAUUGAUUUUAUAGGAGCAUACAUUAAGCAUCGGGUUGUGGGUAGCAAGCGGCAUGGUUGGCUUCAUCAAGCUAUGGUAAUUAGCAACGGCGUACUGGAUGGCUUAUACCCAUGCUGCUUUUUUUUUCCUUGGACGUUUGUCGGUUGAUAGGUAGUCACAUAGACGGAGCGGUGGUACAAAAGGUACUAAUGUGUUAUGACCACAACAAAGUCACUAAGACAGCGUUGUUAUCACGAAAAUAUCUCUCAAUGCUCGGCCUAGCUUAUUACAAGUGUCUAUUAUUGCAGCAAUGUGCAGGCGCCAAACGUAAGUAAGUAUAAAUUAGCUUUCCGUUGGAUCUUACAAGGUAUUCUCCACCGACCCCUGAAUCGUUCGCAUUUCUCCCACACUUUUUGGUGGAUGAAUACAAGCUCCAAGUCAAAGGAAUAAUUUCAUAUUUAAUAUUAAAAUAUCACGUUAUUAAAUAUUCACAGAGCUAUAUCCCAAGAA